CCGGUCCGAUCAUAAAACCACUCCCUCCCUCAGAUUCUUUUCACUCGUCCAAUCUCUUCGUUAAAUUUUUAAAAAAGAAAUGGCAGACAUACUUGAUGAACAGGGCAACCCGGUUCAACUCACCGACGAACUCGGUCGCUCGGUUAAACUCACCGACGAGCGUGGUGUCCCAAUACAUCUCAUCGGUGUCGCCACCCCUGAAGACUCGAGCCCGCUCGGCAGCACGACAACUAUCGGUACCAAACCGGAGAUGCACGGUGAAACUCACUUCGCUCCGGUGCCUACUGAUACCGUUGGUGGUGGUGGAAUAGAGACGACUAUGCCACCGUUGAGCCACCCGGAGACUGGUGGUGAUGAAACCAAAAAGCAGCAACUUGGAAGGGCGGGAAGCUCGAGCUCAAGCUCGUCGGAGGACGACGGUGAAGGAGGGAGGAGGAAGAAGAAAGGGUUGAUGCAGAAGAUCAAAGAAAAGCUUCCCGGUCAUAAAAGCAAGGAGGACGAAGUUCCGGCCAAGGUGUACACCGCGACUACGAAAGUAAGCGUGACGACACCGGCCGGGCCGGCAGAUCAACCGAAACCGGAGUUCAUAAAGGUGGAGCACCACGAGGAGGAGCACGAAAAGAAGGGUUUCAUGGAUAAGAUAAUGGAUAAACUCCCCGGCCACCAUGCUCGCUAGCUUCGUGUCAACUCCUCUGCCAAGCACCACCGUAUCCGUUUGCGUUGAUCGGUGGCGCUUACCACCGUAUCCGUUUGCGUUGAUCGGUGGUGCUUACCGUUGAUUAUGUUCUUUUGUGUUCAUAUCAAAUGGGUGUUUACUAGUUGUGUUUUUUUUGUAUGGGAUCUUUAUAUGAAAAGAGAAGUAGGAAUGUAAAUAGUGAAUAAAUAUUUCGAUA